AUGAGCCCAGGGGUGGAGCAGCAGGUGCUGCGGUGCAUGUGGGGCGAGUGGCGCGUCCUGGCUCGCUCUGCGGCCGCAGCGCAGCGUGUGGCAGAGCUGCGCGGCGGCAGCCGUGCCGAGGACUUCCGGCAGGAGCAGCUGCUGCGCCACUGGUUCCGCGCCUGGCGCAUCCACAAGCAGGCGGUGGCAGCCGCGGUGAUGGGAAGGAUGGCCGGCAGCGCGCUGCGCCGUACCUUCUUCACCUGGCGACAGGCGGCAGGGCAAGCGGCCGAACUCGGCCGCCGUGCCUGCCUGCACUACAACCGCAGCAGCCUGCGGGCAAUUCUCAAGGUGUGGCGGCUGGCUGCCUCCCACAGGAGAGCAAAGGGCAUCAAGUCCAGCACACGUGGUAAGCUGGAGGGCUGUGUCGCCAGGCUGAGGAGCAGGACGCUGUGGGCCGGCUUCAACACCUGGCGGCUGGCGGCGGCUGCGCAGCAGGCGCGGGUGGCCAAGCUGCUGGUGGCAGCCAAGCGCUGGCACCAGCCGUUGCUGUCCAGUGCCUUUGUUGCCUGGGUGGAGCACAUCAGGACCAGGAAGGCAGCAGCAGGCCAGCUAGAGACGGCUAUCGGGCAUUGGCUGCUCACAGCGCUAGGUUCGGCAUUCAACACCUGGCGCUACCAGACCUGGCGGGCACACUGUGCACGGCAGAAGGAGCUUGGGCACGUGCUGCAGGUGGUGGUGGCGCGCUGGUGCAGCAGGCAGAUGGCGGCUGCAUUCGCUGCCUGGCGAGAGGCCACGCAGCGCCGCACGCACCAGCGGCGAGUGGUGGAGGCAGCCCUGGGGCGCCUACGCCGCCGCGAGCUUUGCCUGGCCUUUGCGCGCUUCCGGGAGGGCGUGUCGGAGCAGCGGCAGAGGGGCCACCAGCUCAUGCGGGCUGUGGACCUGUGGAGGGGCGCAGCCCAGCGUGCGGCCUGGGACUGCUGGCGCCAAGCCCUGCACCUCCAGCGGGUCAAGAAGCAGCAGCUAGGGGCGGCGGUGGCUCUGUGGCAGCACGCCAUGCUCCACGGCGCCUGGGCCACCUGGCUGGCACACUGCGAAUUCCGGCGGCACGCCAGGGCGGUGGUGCUGCGGUUCAUGCAUCAGAGCACGGCACGGGCAUUCGCGUCCUGGCGUGCCUUCUGCACCUGGCGGGCCCAGCUUGCCACCCGCCAGGCAGUGGCUGUGCAGCGCUGGCAGAGCCGAGCGCUGGCGUCUGCAUUCUCAGGCUGGAGGGCUGCCCUGGCAGCACGCCAACUGCACCGCCGGCAGCUGGAGGCGGCGGUGGGAUGGUGGAUGCAGGGCACUCUGUCUCGGGCCUUCCAGCGCUACCGUGGUGCGGUGGCGGAGCAGCAAGCCCUGCGCCGCGCCCUGACCCGCUUCAGGCACGCCGCGCUUUCCAAGGCCUGGUGCAGCUGGCGAUGGUUUGUGGCUCGCCGGGCUGAGCGGCGGGGCAGGGUGGAAGCCUGCCUGCUCCGGCUGCUGCACCGGCAGCAGGCGCUGGCCUGGAGUCAGUGGUGCAGCUAUGUGCGGCAUCGGCGCUACAAGGCUGCUGCCGACGCGUACCACCAGCGCCACCUGCUGACUGCCUCCCUGGCCGCCCUGAGGCGCCCGCUGGAGCUCAAGCCUCGGGCCGAGGCCUGCCUGCGCCGGCUGCUCCACCGGCGGCUUGCGUCGGCGUUUGCCGGGUGGCGCAUGAAUGUCGCAGCCAGCGCAGAGGUGGCUGCCCGGGCGGACGAGCUCGCGCGUGGCGUGGUGCUGCGCAUAUGCAACCAGCUGCUGGCCCGCGCCUUUGCCAGCCUGAGGCAGCACGUGCGGCGGAACCAGCGGCUGCGUCAGGUACUGCUCCGCAUCCAGCGCCGCCACCUGCUGGCAGCGCUGCGCACCUGGCACUCGGCGGCCGCCACCUCGGCCGAGCGCCGCUUUGCUCUGGAGCAGGUUGCGCAGGCGGAGGGCCGCGGCCGCCCCUCCCCCAAGAAACUGGUGUUUGUGCUGCGGGGACAGCACGAGCUGGCGCUGAUGAUGCAAGCGCUCAACAGGUGGCGGGCUGUGCUGGCCGGCCAGCGCCUCCACCGCGCCCUCAUCCUGCGUGCCUACAAACAUCUCUACUACUCGCUGGCCCGCCACUGCUUUGCCACCCUGCGGAACCACGCCCAGCGGCGGCGCCAGCUGCGCGCGGCGGUGGCGGCCUUCAGCCACAGCUGCCAGCGGCGGGCGUGGCUGUCGUGGAGGGACCACGCCUGGCGCAGGCAGGCCAAGUCGGCGCGGCUGCAGCAGGCGGCGAGCUUCUGGGCGGGCAACACGGCAGCGCAGGCCUGGUGCCACAGGGCAUGGAACGAUGCGGCAGCGCAGCACUACUGCUGGCAGCUGCAGCGGAGGGCGCUGCUGGCGCUGGUGGUGCGGAUGGUGCGCCGGCGGGAGCAGGAGGCGCUUGAGUACCGGGCGGUGGGCCACAUGCAGGGCUACAGGCUGGCGCUCGCCUUUGGCGCCUGGCGUGGGGCUGCUGAGUAUGCUGGCCGGCUGCGCAGGGCGGCACAGCAGGUGGCGGCCAGGACCAGCCUGGGCGCGGCGCAGCGCAUCGUCAUGCUGUGGAGGUGGUGGGCUGCACGGCAGCGCUACCUGCGCCAGGUGGCCCACAGCUUCCACCAGCGACGGCUGUGGUGGAGCAUGCGGGCGUGGCGCGAGGCGGCGCGCCUGUCUGUGCGCCUGCGAGCGAUCGCCCAGGUGUUUGCGGCAUGGCGGUUUCAGGCACCGCUGGAGAAGCGCCAGCGUGAGCUGCUGGGGGUGGCAGCCGCACGCCUACACCACCGGGCCCUGCUGUCUGCAUGGAACGCCUGGCGGGCGGCAGCGGCUGCCCGCAAGGCGCUCAGGAGCCGAGGGGUUGCUGUGCUGCUGCGCAUGAAGCAUCUCAGGCUGGCAUCCGCCCUGGCGGCAUGGCAGGAGGCUACUGUGACAGCCGCCAGCAAGCGGCAGCUGGUGCGACGGGCAGCAGAGCGCUUUGCCGGCAGCGCCCUGCGGAGAGCAUUCGAGACAUGGCGCACCAGUGCGGCCGAGAGCACCGCCGAGGCGGCCGCCACCAGGCAGCGCCAUCGCCUGCUGCUACUCAAGGCAUAUGCUGGAUGGCAGGAGAUGGUGCACUGGCGGCACAGCCUGCAGCUCCGAGGCCAGACGACGAUCAGGCAGAUGAUGCAUGGAGUGCUGGCACGAGCCUGGCGGGCCUGGCAGCACGCCGUGGCCCAGCGCCGACGCAAGGCUGCCCGCCUGCACAUCGUGCUGCAGCACUGGAGCGCCGCCCACGCUGCUGCCGCGUUCCGGGGAUGGAGGCAGGCGGUGGGCAGAGCUCAGGUGCUGCGCGGCAAGGCUGGGGUGGUCCUGGCACGCUGGCAGCACGUGCAGCUGGCAUCGGUGCUGGCGGCAUGGAGGGAGGCGCAUGCAUUGCACCUGGGAAAGGUGCAGGUGUUGCAGGCGUGUGUGGCGCGGCUGCGCCACGGCGCCGCUGUGCGGGCGCUGGGGGCCUGGCGAGCAGCCGUGGCCAGGAGGGCGCAGCUGCGCUCUGUGGGCGACCGCACAGUCCGUCGGCUGGCACACCUGUCGCUGGCGAGGGGCGUUAGCCAGAUCACCACCCAGGAGCGAGCCCGGCUGCGCGCCUGCAUGGGGCAGGUGACAGCCCGCAUGGCGCACCACACCGCCGCCAAGGCGCUGUCACGCUGGCGCAGCUGGCUGGCACAGCGCCGCCACAAGGCUGGGAGGCUGCAGCUGGCGGUGGCCACCUGGCGCAGCUGCCAGCUGCGUGCCGCUUUGGGCGGCUGGCGGCAGCGGGUGGAGCUCCGGCAUCAGCAGAUGCUCCAGCUGCUGCAUGCUGUGCAGUCCCUGCGCGGCUUCCGGCUGCUUGUGGUGUGGCGGGGCUGGCAGCGCUUUGUGGAGGCAAGGCGUGUGGCGGCAUCCAAGCUGCUGCUGGCCGUGCAGCUAUGGCAGCGCAGCCACCUGCUCAAGGCUUUCAGGAGGCUGAGUGAGAGCCUGCUGGCUCGUUCCUUCACUGCCUACCGCUCUGAGGUGGCCGUCAUGGCUGUGAAGCGUGCCAUGUUUGCCCGCAAGCAGCAGGCAGUGAGGGAGGCGGUGCACAUCGGGGAUGCCAUCAUACGCCAGCGCAGGCGGGAGCUGGUGGCAUCGUCAUUCGUGGUAUGGCAGGCACGUACGCAGGUAUCGCAGCGGGUGCAGGAGCGCUUCGCUCAGUGCCUGCAGGGCAGCAUGCGCUCUGCCUUCUGCUGCCUGUUAGCCUACCAUCGGCACCGGGUGGUCAAGAGGGCGCAGGCAGAGCGCAGCACCCAGCACUAUGCUGCUGUGGUGCUGCGCCGAGCGCUGACGUCAUGGUCGGCUGUACUGGCGGCAGCUGCUGUGGAGCAGCAUCAGAAGGAGGCGGCUGCAGAUGCCUUUGCCAGCCACCAGGUGGUGUUGCGAGCCUGUCAGCGCUGGGUUAUGUGGAUGGCUCUGGGCGAGCUGCGGCGCCAACGGCUGGCAGGCCUGCUCACCAGCCUGGAUGGUGCUGGCAGCACACGCCGGGCUCUGCUGGCCCGCUGCUGGCAGCGCUGGCUGGUGGCGGAACUCUUCACUCUGUGGGCUGCCUUCACCCGAGCCAUGCAAGCCGAUCCCGACCCCGGCUCGCCCUUUGCCUCGCCGCGGGCGCCCGAUGCCGACAGCAAGCUGAUCUGGAGCGUGGCACUGAUGGCGGCGGGCCCGGGAACAGCGGAAAGCAGCAGCGACAGCACCAGCAGCGCCGCCGACGGCAGCGGGGCGAUGUCGGACGACAAGCAGCGAGGGGUUGUGUGGGUGUAA